AUGGUUGAUCAAGCACUUUUUUCGUUUGAUCAACAGUUUUACCGGAAUGAGAGAGUGGCCUUUGAUCUUCGAGGCCUAAUAUCUCCGAAACUACUACUAACUAAAGUUAUUGGAUUAUCAAGUAUCAACUCGCAAGGCGAGGGACCUUUGACCCUCUUGAAUGUCACUACACCAUUUUUCAAUGAAACUGAAGGUCUAACUGAUCUGACAGUUCCACCAUAUCUACUUGUCUCCUCGAAUCGGUCAGUUUACAAUUACUCAACUGACCUUAUGGAUGGGUCAACACUUUUUAGUCUAGAUAGUGAUGAUAAUGUCACAAUUGUGUCCGUUGAUUUGCAUAUUAAACGUAAAUUGGUUUUAAUUGCUUUGUCUAAUGGAACCAUUUGGAAGAUUGAUAACAAUUUAGGCAAUCAAGUUGAUUCUAAGCCUCGAGUAUCCAUUUUACCGUUACCAGUUCCUGGUGAUCAUUGGCCAAGUGCCAUUAACAAAAUAGCCAUUGAUUGGGUUCAUGAUAUUGUUUAUAUGCUUUUCGAUUCAUCAAUUGGUUGUUUCAAUUUAGAUGAAUUAACAAUUUCAUUCACAUGGUGUUUACCUAGUUUAAUCAGUGGAGCCAAAGAUUUACAUGUUGAUCCAGUUAACAAAUAUCUCUAUUGGUCCAUUUCCAAUCCAUUUGAUAGAAGUGGACUCUACCGAACCUCUUUGAUCAAGUUACCGAGGCCCAAUUCUGUUUCCAACGGUAAACCGGAAAUCAUUCGUUUUCUCCGAGAUCCAUUGACCAAAAUAUUCACCAUUGAUUAUUCACGAAAACGUAUUUACUUUCCUCACAAUGAGACGAUCUGGUCAACAUCUAUGGACGGAACCAAUGUGACCAAUAUAAGACCAAAUGUUGUCGCCUCUCGAUUCAAAGACGUUGCUGGUUUGGUUCACCAUGAUGAUACAUUUUACUGGAUCUCAGGAACUGAAUUGUGCAAGGAAGAGGUUAAUCCAGAUGGAGAGGAGAUUUAUCAUAAUUCAUUCGCUUUGGAUGACAAAUUAAUCUCCCUUGUUUUGGUCCAUCCAACGGUUCAACCGAUGCCCUUUGUCCACUCAACUGCUGACCAUGAGAUCUUGAUUAUUCAUCCUUCAUCUUCAGCCGAUUUCAAGACUCUUUGUUUGACUAUUCUUGGAUCAUUAAUGUUUUUUAUUAUUUUGCUUUUUGUUGCCAGAAAAGUCAUGAAAUCGCAAACUAAUGAGAAAGAAGUUCUCAAGGAAUCUGAACGAGGACAUGAACGAAAUCUAAUCAGCUACCUUCCAGAUCAUCCCCAUGAAGACAAUAGACUCUAUCUACCAGGAGAUACUGGAAUAGAAAAUGAAUUGUCGUCCAUCAGAUUAAUUUCACCAAGCCAAUUCAAACAAACAGAUCGUUUGGGUUGUGGAGCUUUUGGUCAAGUAUUUCGUGGCUUGUUCACUGAUCCUGAGCUUGUCGGAAGCCUCGAUGCUUCAUUGCCCGUUGCGAUAAAGAAAUUAAAAUCAGAUGCAUCAGAACAAGAAAAAGAUGAUUUCAUGAAAGAGGCUAAAAUCAUGGGGAACUUCAAACAUCCACAUAUUCUUAAAGUUCUUGGUGUUUGUCUUGAUCCGGGAAAUAAUUCCAUUUUAUUAGAGCUCAUGGAGGGAGGCGAUCUUCUUUCGUAUCUUCGAGAUGAGAGACCGACAGAAAAGAAACAGUGUGAUUUGACUUUAGAUGAUCUUCUCAGUAUCUGUGUGGAUGUUGCUAAAGGUUGCCAAUAUUUGGAAGCGAUGCACUUUGUUCACAGAGAUUUGGCCGCUCGAAAUUGUCUUGUUUCGAGCAAAAACCGUGAAUCAAGAAUCGUUAAAAUCGGUGACUUUGGUCUAGCUCGAGAUAUUUAUAAAAAUGAUUAUUAUCGUAAAGAGGGCGAGGGUUUGCUGCCAGUUCGAUGGAUGGCCCCGGAAAGUUUAGUUUACGCCAUUUUCACGACCCAAUCGGAUGUUUGGUCAUUCGGUGUUCUACUUUGGGAAGUUAUGACUUUAGGUCAACAACCAUACCCAGCUCGUAGUAAUCAAGAAGUAUUGAACCAUGUUCGAAGUGGUGGUCGACCUGAAAGGCCACCAAACUGUUUAGAGGAGAUGUUCCUUUUGAUGAAUCAAUGCUGGUGUUACAAUUCAGACAUGAGACCAACAUUUAUGUCUUGUCUCAAUUAUCUGGAGGAAUUAAAACUUAAAUUGUCAUCAGGAGACGGAAUCAUCACAAGUUUUUCAAACCACAGCUACUACACCAACGGAGCAUCUUCAGAGUUGAGAUUUUCUACCUGUGGAGACUCUAGUGGUUUCAAUAGUGCUUUCAAUAGUACCAUGGACACAGCGACAACUUAUUGUGCUUCAUCUCGAGCUGAGAGCGUCCAUUCAAAAUACCUCAACAUAUCAGUUGAUCACGAAGGUUACGAAAUACCGAUUCCUGGAUGUUCAGGUGCUUGUGGCUUGAGUCAUUCUUUUGACCAGCAAUGUAGACCUCGACAAAGUGAUAUUGACCAUCAAAAUGGUCAAAUGUUUUCUGCGCUUGUGAAUACUCGUCGAAACAAUGGGUCUCGUCUUCAUUGUACCAAAUCUAUUAACGGAUCACCACCGCCAACAUAUUCACAGUUAUUUUUAAGCUCAUCUGCAGGAACGGGAAAUGAAUCACCAGAGAGUUGCCAAGGCUCACCAGGAGCAAUUUCCGAAGUAAAUUCAAUAACAGAUCAAAUUAGCGCAGAGACGAGCAAUCAAACUGGAAGCACUGAGAGUUUAGAUGAAGGUUCUGAAAUGACCUCAGUAACAACAGCUCUUCUUAAACCUGGUUUGACCAACCAACAUCCGGUUCAUAUCUAUCGUAACCUCAGUGACCUGAUGUACGUCAACGAUUUGGCAUCUCUGUUGGAGACAAUGCCGUUACCACUGCCUGCACUGAUACCAUCAUCUUCGAAGCCAAAGCCUAUGAUAAAUGCAGUUUCUAACGCCAAUUAUGAUGAACUUUUUUCCAGAGAAAAGCCAAAUGUUGAUACGAUAUUCACCAAUUUAUACACCAAUUGGAAACCACAAUCAAUAUCUCCAGAGCCAUUUUCCACCACCAACAAUGUAGUCACCGAGCUUCAAACGAAUCCUCUUCAACCGCCAAAGGAAAAGGUUCCCAUGUGUUCAUCGGGACCAACAGUUUCAUCUCAAGUUGAAUCUGCUGAGAAAGAAAGAGAAAAUGAAGAAAAAUUAGAACCAAUUGAUCAUCUGGUAGUCAAAAACUAUUCUUUUGAUGAAACUUGAGACAUUGUCUCAUCUAAUCAACUAAUUACAGUUUUCUAUUCAUUGUUAAUCAAAAUUUCCAAUAAAAAAUAUUCUUAUUGUGUAUAUAUUUUUUUACAAAAAUCAAGCCAAUGCAAAAGCUCAACAUUGUCAAUCUUGUUAUCAUUUAAAAUUUCAAUAAAUAUUUUCUAUUUUCUGGUA